AUGCCUUUAGAACCAUUGGUCAAGCAUCUCUUCACAGCAGACCCUUCCGCGCACGUCUUCGAAGGCAAGCUGUUUAUUUAUCCCUCACACGAUAGGAAAACCGACAUCAAGGAUAACGACAAUGGAGAUCAGUAUGAUAUGAAUGACUAUCAUGUCUUUUCGAUGGAAUCAGUUGGUGGGCCAGUCACAGAUCAUGGGGUGGCUUUGAAAGCAGGAAAUAUUCCGUGGGUGUCAAAACAGCUCUGGGCACCAGAUGCAGCGUUCAAGAACGGGAAAUACUAUCUGUACUUCCCAGCUCGUGACAAGGAUGGGGUGUUCCGAAUCGGUGUUGCGGAAAGUGAUGUCCCUCAAGGUCCAUUCAAGCCCGAGCCAGAACCAAUUGCUGGGAGUUACAGUAUUGACCCGGCCAGCUUUGUGGAUGAUGAUGGACAGGCAUAUCUGUACUUUGGUGGGAUUUGGGGAGGGCAAUUGCAAUGUUGGACGACGGGGAAGUUCGACGGUAGUGCAUAUACGAAUAUGGAAGCCAUGGGCAACGAUGCUGCUUUGCUGCCUCGUGCUGCCAAGCUGAGUGAGGAUAUGCGUUCCUUCACCUCAGAUAUAAAGGAACUUGCGAUCAAUGGCGCGGAUGGUCGACUUCUACCAGCGGACGAUCAUAACCGUCGAUUCUUUGAAGCUGCGUGGAUGCACAAGUACAAUGGCAAAUACUACUUCUCCUAUUCAACAGGAGAUACUCAUUUCCUCGUCUAUGCUACAGGCGACAGUCCAUUAGGACCGUUUACGUACCAAGGAAAGAUUCUGAAUCCUGUUGAAGGAUGGACAACGCAUCAUUCCAUUGUUGAGUUUAAAGGGAAGUGGCUUAUCCCCAAGGCCGACAGAAAGAAGAUCCACGAGUACCUUUUCCGUGAGGGUGUGCUUGUCGCGAAGAAGGACUACAACCUCCCAAAGCACAACGACAUUGACACCAAGAACCUUUUCGUCGUCAAGGCCUGCCAAUCUCUCACCUCCCGUGGUUACGUCAAGACCCAAUUCUCGUGGCAAUACUACUACUACACUCUCACCCCUGAGGGUCUCGACUACCUCCGCGAAUGGCUUCAUCUCCCCGCUGAGAUCGUCCCAGCUACGCACAUUAAGCAACAGCGAUCGCAUGCUCCUCCCCGUGGAAUGAUGGGUGGUGAGGGCGAGCGUGAGCGCAAGCCUUUCGGUGGACGUGGAGGCCGUGGUGGUGGAGAGCGUGGUGACCGUGAGGGUGGUUACAGACGUCGCGAGCCUGGUGCGGAGGGCAAGGAGGGUGCACCAUCUGGAGAGUUCGCUCCUCAGUUCCGUGGUGGCUUCGGUCGUGGCCGUGGCGCUGCUCCUCCCUCUUAA